AGAGAGAGAAAGAGAAAAAGAGAAAGAGGGACGCGUUCGAAAUCUUAAUCUCUGUGCUUUAUCCCACGAACAAGUUGUUGGAUCAAUCGACGGUGCUUAGCACCGAUUAUCACCGGGACGGCGACGUCGCGUCCCGUCGCGUCCCGUCGCGUCCCGUCGCGUCACGCUGCGUCGCGUUGCAUCGCACGCGCUCGCCCGUUCGAGAAGGACCCAUUCGCGCGGAUCAGAGCCGUGUGCUUAACCUGUGUUCGUGACGUUCCCUGGCCCGCCGCCCCUGGUCGAAGCUGCCGAGGAUGGCCGACAUCAAGCAGGAGUACAAGGGCGAGGACGUCGACAGCGGGAUGGGCAACAGCGCUGACCCGAAGAACAUGCAGGAGCUGACGCAAUACGUGCAAACGCUGCUGCAGAACAUGCAGGACAAGUUUCAAACCAUGUCCGACCAGAUCAUCGGAAGAAUAGAUGAGAUGGGCAACAGAAUAGAUGAUCUGGAAAAGAAUAUUGCAGACCUAAUGACACAAGCAGGAGUCGAGGGAGGUGAUAAAUAAGCUCGUCCUUUUCUCAAUGCACUGAUUUUGUCUAAAGUAUAGCCAUACUUGUCAUGGAAAAAGUAUAUCGAUAGCGAUAUACCCAUCCUUUUGUUACAAUACGGAAAAUAAAUACUUACAUUUUUU